AUGUAUCAAGCUUUGGAGAAAACGGGAGUCUGGCCAGUGAGCUGCUCCAGCACUUUGGCUGCCCGGGUGAGCCUGUCUCCACUUUCCCCAACACAGAUGUUCAGGCAGUUUGCGGAUACGCAACUCCUGCAUGAGGUUCUCCUUCUCACCCUUGUCUUGUUGCACCAUCUUGGAGGCGUGGAUUGCAGGAGAAAUGAGAAGAUAGCUGUUCACUGCACUGUAUGCAGGGCCAAAGCUGAGGAGAUCUUGGAGAAAGGGUUGAAGGUGCGAGAAUACGAGCUGAGGAAGAAUAACUUCUCUGACACCGGCAACUUUGGCUUUGGAAUCCAGGAGCACAUUGAUCUGGGGAUUAAAUAUGAUCCUAGUAUUGGUAUCUACGGCUUGGACUUCUAUGUGGUUUUGGGCAGGCCAGGCUUCAGCAUUGCUGACAAGAAGCACCCAACUGGUAGCAUUGGGGCCAAGCACCGAAUCAGCAAGGAGGAAGCCAUGUGUUGGUUCCAGCAGAAGUAUGACGGCAUCAUCCUUCCUGGUAAAUGAAAACUUUCCAGUAUAAAAAAAGCCAAUAAAUUUUUCCACCAUUUUUAAAAAAA